CAAAACUAUAUCCCGCGUUGCAAACAAGCCAGGUAGCUAGUGAAAGCGUGAAAAGUGCGGUCUCUCACCGCACGCACUACCACUGUCUCACUCCCUUACGUACCCAAUAUCAUCUCAACAAUCUUCUUCGCACAUUUUCACGGAUCUAACUAACUUUUCGCCAUGAAUCGCAACCACGAUCCCAAUCCGUUUGACGAGGAAGAAGUGAAUCCUUUCUCGAAUCGUGCACGUAGUCCACCAGUAGCAUCUGAACCACUGGGUUAUGGUCAAAGACAUGAUGCUACAGUUGAUAUUCCUUUGGAUACUACAAAUGACUCGAAGAAAAAAGGUCAGGAGCUAGCAGCUUGGGAAGCAGAUUUAAAACGGAGAGAGAAGGAAAUAAAAAAAAGAGAAGAGGCUGUUGCUAGAGCUGGUGUUCCUGUUGAUGAUAAGAAUUGGCCUCCAUUGUUCCCAAUCAUUCACCAUGAUAUUGCAAAUGAGAUACCGGUUCAUGCUCAGAGGCUGCAAUAUUUGGCCUUUGCAAGUUGGUUAGGAAUUGUUCUCUGCCUAGUUUUUAAUGUAGUUGCUGUAAUUGUCUGUUGGAUCAGAGGCGGUGGUGUUAAAAUUUUUUUCCUUGCGGUGAUAUAUGCUCUAAUGGGUGUUCCCCUUUCAUAUGUUCUUUGGUACAGGCCUCUCUAUCGUGCUAUGAGGACGGAUAGUGCACUGAAGUUUGGUUGGUUUUUCAUGUUCUACUUGCUUCAUAUUGCAUUUUGCAUUUUUGCUGCAAUCGCCCCUCCAGUUGUUUUUCAUGGGAAAUCAUUGACGGGCAUCCUUGCUGCAAUUGAUGUCUUCUCAGACCAUCUAUUGGUUGGGAUUUUCUAUUUGAUUGGAUUCGGGAUGUUUUGCUUGGAGGCUCUUCUAAGCUUAUGGGUACUCCAGAAAAUAUACAUGUAUUUCCGAGGGCAUAAGUGAGACUCUUCUCAGGAUUUUGAUCCGACGGCUUUGAUAGUGUUGUCACUUCCCAGUGUGGCUUAGCAUAUUCUUUUGUCUAUCCUCUUAAUUUUGUCAUACAAUAUCUUCGUGUGUAAUAUUGGUUGUGUUCUUUGUAGUUACUGUACCCGGGUUUAGCUUGUACAAUACUGUGUAAUGUAUUUCCCUCCGUUGAAAAGAGAAUCUGCUUUCGAUAGGCAGAUAUGUAGUGGAUUUUCUGUGAA